UAACGGGCUGGGACACGGGCUGGGACACGGCCGGGACGGGACGGGAGCGGAGCGGAGCGGUGCCAGGUGCCCCAGCCGAGCGGCCCCGCGCCUGUCCCCGCGCCUGUCCCGCGCCUGUCCCGCACCUGUCCCGUAUGCGCGGCUCCCGGAGCGGCGCCGCGGCUGCGGAGCGCUGAGCGGAGCCGAGCCCCCCCCGCCGCCCCGGGGCUGUCGCCGGGCCAUGGCCGCGGCGGCGACAGAGCUGCCCGGCGGCAACGCCAGCGCCAACCAGAGCGCCGCCGACCCCACGGUGUCGCGGGACGUGUGGAUGGUGGGCAUGGGCAUCCUGAUGUCGGUGAUCGUGCUGGCCAUCGUCUUCGGGAACGUGCUGGUGAUCACGGCCAUCGCCCGCUUCCAGCGCCUGCAGACCGUCACCAACUACUUCAUCACCUCGCUGGCCUGUGCCGACCUGGUCAUGGGGCUGGCCGUGGUGCCCUUCGGCGCCUGCCACAUCAUCAUGGAGAUGUGGAAGUUUGGGAACUUCUGGUGCGAGUUCUGGACCUCUUUGGACGUGCUGUGCGUCACGGCCAGCAUCGAGACCCUGUGCGUCAUCGCCGUGGACCGGUACUUCGCCAUCACCUCCCCGUUCAAGUACCAGAGCCUGCUGACCAAGGGCAAGGCGCGCGUGGUCAUCCUGGUGGUGUGGGUGGUGUCGGGCCUGACCUCCUUCCUGCCCAUCCAGAUGCACUGGUACCGGGCAGACCACGAGGACGCCAUCCGCUGCUACCAGAACGAGAUGUGCUGCGACUUCUUCACCAACCAAGCCUACGCCAUCGCCUCCUCCAUCAUCUCCUUCUACCUGCCCCUCGUCGUCAUGGUCUUCGUGUACGCCAGGGUCUUCCAGGUGGCCAAGAAGCAGCUGCAGAAGAUAGACAGGAGCGAGGGGAGGUUUCACACCCAGAACAAGGAGCAGGAGCAGAAAGGGGGAGCCGGGCACCGCCGCUCCUCCAAGUUCUUCCUGAAGGAGCACAAGGCCCUCAAAACCCUGGGCAUCAUCAUGGGCACCUUCACGCUGUGCUGGCUGCCCUUCUUCAUCGUCAACAUCGUGCACGUCAUCCAGGACAACAUCAUUCCCAAGUACCUGUACAUCCUCUUGAACUGGCUGGGCUACAUCAACUCUGCCUUCAACCCCCUGAUCUACUGCCGGAGCCCCGACUUCAGGUACGCCUUCCAGGAGCUGCUGUGCCUGCGCAGGUCCGCGCUGAAGAUGUACGCCAACGGCUACUCCAACAGCAACGGCAGGAGCGACUACAACGAGGAGGACAACGGCUACCCCCUGGCCCCGGAUAAAACCUGCGACUUGCUCUGCGAGGAGGGCUCCUUCCCUCGCCCCGAGGACUUUUUGCACGGCAAAGAGAUCCCUGGAUGCCCAGGAGUGGUGGAGAGCUGAAUGACCCAACCUCUGUUCCUCGCCACCCUGAGCUCGUGAGGGCUCUGCAGAGAUGGAGUGGGAGCACGGCCUCGCUUCCCCGAGCCGGGGGGUGCUGUGGGAAGCGACUGCCUUGGCAAAGGUCCUCAUCCCAACCCAUCACCCACCAUGCAGCACCUCCAGGAGAAGCUGGGCAAGGACAACCAAGGGACCAGGAGAGGCUCUGAGAGCCUUGGAGGACACCGAGAAGCCACAGGAACUGAAGGAGGGGAUGUCCAAACCCUGACAAAGGUGCCGAGGGCUUUUUCCCCCUUGGAAAAGCCUUUCCCAAAGGGAGCACCACGUGUGGUCUCCAGCUGGUUUGGAAGAGGCACAGCCAGGUCUCAGGGCCAGGUCAGGAGCCCAGCAGGACGAGCUCGUGGCAGCCUGUCCAGGGGAUCCAGGUGAAACAGGAAUCUCUGCAAGACCAAGAGAGGGGAGCAUGGAAGAUUCCUUCGAUUCGUUCUGUGCUUGUUUCUCCUUCUGGUGUCUUCUCUGUCUACCUCUUCUCCUCUAGAGAGCACGGGGGGCCCUGACUGUCACAAAGGAGCAGAAAGAUUGGCACAGGACAGGAAUGUGGCCUUUGUUCUCUCCUUGCUCCAAAAAAAUCUCCAACUGUCCUGCCUGGACCUCAGCCAUUGGAAAGGCUGGGACCUGGCAAGUCUUUUCCUUGCAGGAAGUCACAUUUUAGCAGGACCAGCCACACUUGGGAGCCAAGAUUUCCUACCUGAGGCUCAGAACAUGACCAGAACAUCCAUCCCUCUCCUGCAGCUGUGGGAAGGAGCACACUGAGCUCCUGACUUUGGAUUGUGGAAAGUCAAUUAAGUCAUUAAGCGGAGAAAGAGAGGGAGGGACUUACGGCCUCAGGCAGAAAGCAGCAGGAAAAACUGGCUGAGAACCAUAAAAAACGUGCUGGACUGGCAGGUGGUGGCCCAGGUGCAGCUCUGUGGUCACUGAGCUGCUCCCAGAGCUGGGCAGGACGUGCUGGUACUGAACUGUGGGAGCCCCAUCUCAGACCUCCCCUCUCGGGCUUCCAGCUGCAGGACCUUUCCCUCCAGUGCAAUCCUAUUUAUUUAUUUAUUGUCUCGCUGCUUGAUGUGAAGCUGCUAAAGGAGCCCCCUCCCCACAAACAGCCAGGCCUGUGGGAGGGGCAGGACACAGGGACACCUCCCACCACACCAGGACAGACCUGCUGUGGUGGGCGGGUCGGACUCGGUGGUCUUCAAGGUUCCUUCCAAGCAAACCCACUCCGUGGUUCUGUAAGAUCUGGAAAGGAUGUCCCAUCCCUGGAAGUGUCCAGGGAUGGAGCCCUGAGCAGCCUGGGAUGGUGGGAGGUGACCCUGCCCACGGCAAGGGGUGGAAUUGGCUGAGCUUUAAGGUCCUUCCAUUCUAGGAUUCUGUGGAGAGGGCACACGAGGGAAGAGGGAAAGCUGAGACCAGGACUGUCCCUGGGGUGAGGAUGCAACGUGGAUCUUUCAAGGCAGAGCUUUGUUGGGAAGGACAGAGGCUGCAGGAGCUCAGCAGUGCCCCUCUAUCCUGACUCUCUCUGUGCAGGGCCAUGAGAGUUGCUCACCUGGGGGGCUCUCAGGUGCCCUGCUGCUCUCCCACAGCUUUCAGGAUGCCCUGAAAUCCCUUGGCACAGCUCCCACUGCCCUAGGAGAACACGAUUUCUCCCUUCCCUCUGAAGAGCCCUGCCAAGGCUUAGUCCAAAGCUGCUGAAGGGAGAUAUUUCCCAAAAAAAACCCAGUUCCUCAGAAGAUUCCUGGCUGGCUGCAGUCCCCUAUUCUGUACUGGAAACACAGUCCUGGGGUUGUUUGCAGCUUAGGGACGUGCUUGGGGUUGUGGCAGGUCUCUUUCUCCCCAGUCCCUGAUGUGCAAGAGCAGGUACAGGGAGAGAAGGGAUGAGCUCCAAUCCUUUGCCAGCCCAAAAGCAGGGACCUGCCUGGCAGAGCUGUCCAAAUCCACCUGCCUGCACCCCUUCGGGCUUGUUCAGGGAUUCCAUUCCCUGGUGGAUCUAUUUCUGAGCGCCCUGACCCCGGGGUUACCGUGCUGUCCCCUGGAAGGUGGCUCCGUGCUCCCCAGCAGGAGCUGCUGGGAGUUUUCCACCUGCGUUUUCUCCUGGAAACUUCAUUCCAUUUCCCCUCGUGCUGCUCCUCAAGCACCUGCUGUUCAUGUUCUCCUGCCACUUGACCAGGGCUCCUCUUCCCCUUCCAAGACCCUCCCUGGCCCCCUGAUUGCUGCCACUGCCUGUCCUGGCACAGGACGAGCCUGGUCAUUAAUGAGGAAUCCAACCCCAUCCCUGGAGCAGCCUCUGGCAGUGCCCAGCUGCUGCUCCCUCCCUCAUUUGGGGUGCAGGGAAGGGGCAAACGGAGCCAAAACGGAUCAGUGUUGGCACUGAGCACUCGUAUCCCAAAAUAUCAGGAAGAAAUCCUUCCCUGUGAGGGUGGUGAGGCCCUGGAAUGGAUUUCCCAGAAAAGCUGUGGCUGCCCCAUCCCUGGAAGUGUCCAAGACCAGGUUGGGAAAGGACUUGGAGCCACCUGGGAUAGUGGAAGGUGUCCCUGCCGUGGCAGGGUGGGAAUUAAAUGAUCUUUAAUGAACUAAAUGACCUUUAAUGAAUUAAAUGAUCUCUAAUGUCCCUCCCAACCCAAACCCUCUGUGAUCCCGUGGGGAGCAGUCCCUGGUAGGGACAAGUGCACAACCUGGGCCCAGCUCAGCAAAGCCCAGCCUGAGCUCCGGCAGUGGGGAUGCUCCAGUAGCCCUGUGGAGAUGGGCUGGGAACGUGUGGGGAAUGGGGAACUGUGCUCUGCCCUGCCUGGGAAUCCCAGCCCUGGGCUGGAGCUGCCGGGAGCUGGGGGCACGCGGGGAGCGGGCCUGGGGAGCUCUGGGUGCAGCUGAAGCACCACGGGGAGGGUCACAGCUCUGCUCUUGUCAAAGAACAAAUCGUUCCGGCAAAUAAA